UCGUGUUUUCAUUGCCUUUUAAAAAAAUCUCGAACAAAAUAUGACAAGAAAACAUCGGAUGAAUCGCCGGGCAGGAAAAUCACGGUUUCCACUGAAAAACUACUGAUAGUUAUCAGAUAUCCGAAAUAUAUGUAUAUUCAAUCGAAACGAGAACCAAAUCCGCGAAAAAACGCGAAUCGGAGUAAAUACAAGUUGACUUCUGCUGCAGCUGCCUAAGCGAUGCAAAAUGUGACAGGCGGCAGCAGCAGUAGCAGCAACUGCCUCAUCAAAGGUUACGCCGCAAUAGCCCCAGCUAAAUAUUAAACAAAAACGGAAACAAGAGUUUAAGACCAUGAACUAAACGGCUGAGCUGUAAAAUGCAAAGUAAUUCAAAUUUAAACUAGCUAGGACAUGAACCGCAAGCAACUGUACAUUCGAGACACCAACCGCAAAGCACAAACAUUUUGAAAAGGGCAGCAGCAAUAACAAAACCAACACAAAGGUUGAUGAGGGAAACCGCACGUGAACUACAAACAAAAUAAACAAAUUAGGAGAAGGAUAGAAAGGCGGAAGAUAGACAAGUGUUAGCGCAAACAGCAAAAGGCAGAUUUUUGCAUUGGCUUAGCGGGGACAAGAACCAACCAGUACAUCAACCAAUUAGGCGUUUAGCAAUUGAAGAAGACGUGCUGCAACAAAUAGCUCAACGAUCAGGCUGAGGAGAGUGACAGACUGAAACGAAGGCAGUUCGCCUGGAUCAACGGUAUGCCCAGCACGGCGGGCAGUGCAGCUGGCGUUUGGAUGGGCGCCCUGAUCAACAGUGCCGGCAGCAGCGCCAGUAGCGUCAUGGGCAUCGGCAUGGGCAGAGCAGCUGCUACGGGAGCAGGAGCACCAGGCAGCUCGGGAUCUGGAGCAGAGGCCUCCGCUGGCACUUUAAUCGCCCAGAGCACGGCGGGAACGAGCGCCGCCAGCAGCGGAACCAUGCCCUGGGACAACAAUGGAACCCUGCGAUCGAUCAAUCCCGGCGACUGGUCCAUCGAACAGAGCCUCGGGCCACAUCACCUGUACUUUCAGCUCGGCUGGGCCUUUCUCUUCCUAGCCUUUUUGGCUCCCCACGGUCCCUACGGUGCCCUGUGGAUGCGGGCCAUGCUGCUCAUUGGCUGCCUGAUGAUGGGCAUGCAUGGCUACUUGGUGGCCUUUGCAAAGGACGUCAUCCUGUGGUCGGGCAUGGGACUUUUUGUCAACUUCAUCUAUCUCGUCGUGGUGCUGUGCCGGCUGAGGCCUGUGCGAUUCGAGCAGGAAAUCGAAGCGGUGUACCUGGCACUUUUCCAGCCGCUGCACGUGACACGCCACCAGUUCAAGAAGGUGCUCAACUGCAUGAAGGUGAUACGUGCCCUGAAGUACCAGGAGGUCUACGCCCAGGAGAAGGUCACCAAGGUCGACAGCCUGUCGCUGGUGCUGAGCGGCAAACUGGUGGUGUCGCAGCAUCAGCGCGCCCUGCACAUUGUGUUUCCCCAUCAGUUCCUAGACUCGCCGGAAUGGUUUGGCGUCUCGACCGAUGACUACUUUCAGGUCUCCAUCAUGGCCAUGGAGGAGUCGCGCGUGCUGAUCUGGCAUCGCGACAAGCUCAAACUGUCAAUUAUGGCCGAGCCCUUCUUGCAGACCGUCUUCGAUCACAUUCUGGGCCGGGAUGUGGUCAAGAAGCUAAUGCAGGUCACCCAGGUGAGCGAGUCGAUAGCCAGCAAUGGCUUCCUGCCCUCUGGUGGAUAUGCUGAGGAUGCGGAGGACAAGCCCAUGUUGAUACUCAAGAAGAGUGUGGAUGUGGGACACGGACUGACGGCCCUGAUCAACCGGCAGCUACAGGCCCUGCCUAGGAUAUCGAAGUAUUACGAUUGCGCUGGGGAUCCGAAUUCUUGGCGCCUUGGAAGGAUCGAUGAAACGGAUCACGAAACGGCCGUUUGAGAGGGAUCCAGAUGAAAUGUUUAGACUUGUGUUUUUGAGUAUUAUUAGGUGUAUAUUUUAGGCAAUACUGAGGAACGAAAGCUGAGGAAAUCCGACAGAAAGGCUCCACGGAACCUGAGUGCCAUGAGUUGGUAUACAGAAUUAUUUAUACAUACAUAUAUAUACUAUAUGAAGUAAAUAACAAUUUGGCUAUGGGUAUUCUUCUAUUAUAGACUCGGGCAUUACUUAAGAUUAUCCUGUCCUUAAAUUCGGUUUGUGACAAUGAAAAAACAAGAACGUCACACGAUUAUAUUAAAGCCAAAAUUGUUCUUAAGUAUAUUAUUCGGCAUACAGAAAUUGUACUAAUUUUAUAUUUUUAAAUGAGUAGCCAAAUGAUAAAAUCGUUUCUGAAUUGGAUUUAUUAAGGUCACUCGAGCACUCGAGAGGAAUACGCCUAAGAAAGUGAAUGGAAAUAUACAUAUGUAUAUGUAUACAAGAAUUAUACAUUAAUUAAAACUAGAAUAGUUGCAAAUUGUAUUACGCUAAAACUACGGAUUAGACGAAUGACAAACCAAAACGAGAAUUAGAAGGAAAACAACUGAAUGAGAUGUUAAAAUAUUAAAUGGAGAAAGAUGUAUUUUUUUAUUACCCUACAUUUAAGAGAUUAUAACCGAAAGAAAUCGGAGAAAGCCCAAAAGCAUUAAGUGUGAAAUAUGCAGAAUAUAAAUAGACGAUAUGUACAUGACUAUACAUAUACCAUAUGUAUGGGAAGUUAACGAAAAUAUGUUUGUGGCUCCCCGCUAAAUGCAAAGUUAGAGAACAUUCCAUCGUUGAUUAAACCUUUCAAGACCUAUAGCAAUCACUACAACUUUACAUACAGUUCCCGCCUAAAUUGUCACCUCAAUCAUCAACUUCCUGUGAAAGGAUUCGCAACCGAAAUGCUGGUUAGUCGAAUGAAGUGUUCAGUUAGUUUACCCAUAGACCUUUGAUAGUCCUUGUUGCUUUUGUAUCUAUGUGCCUGAAUUCAUGCAUGUGCAUCAAUCAAAAAAGUUAAAUAUUAUGAAAGCCCAAAGGUUAAUUUUGUUAAACCAUGAACAUUAGCUAGGUAUAACAAUAACGCAACCAACCAGCAUAAGUACGAACGCCUACGAAAACCAUAGUAUAUCCAAAAUAUUAUACUCUGGACCUAUCCGAGAAACAAAAACGAAGAAACCAACUUAAAAAACUGUAACCCCCACUCAUGGAGGUUUCAAUCUUUUAUUCUCGACUUAUUUGGUUGGAAUUUGGUUUCACACCCACAGUAUUUCCCCCUAAGUUAAAGCGCAUUGUAUUGUAUCGAUCCCAACGUUUGUCUCAUGUUAGUUAAUGAUUAGAAACAACAGAUCCCCAGAUCGACAUAGAUCAUACACAAAACUACAACCAAACCAAACCGAACUAAACCAAACCAAAACAAAUAGUUCAAUGUAUUUCGUACCUUUGAGCAUAAUUAAAAAUAAAGUAAAAUGGAAAUGGUAUAAAAACAAA